UCCCUGGCUAUAUAAUAACACUUUUAUAGGCAUGUUUCCACUUCUAACUGGUGUUAUACUACAGGUCGUUUUAUCAACACACGAAGCUUACCGGGAUGUGCGGCACAAAUCCAGCUCAGCCAAACGAAGGCAGUCUGAACCAGCUUGGAGGAAGAUUCUUGAAUGGUCGUCCCCUACCUGCACAUAAAAGAAAGCUGAUGAUAGAGCUGGCAUCAGAGGGUGUGCGCCCAUGUGAAAUCUCCAGGAUUCUCAAGGUUUCCAGUGGCUGUGUCAGUAAGAUUCUACACUGGUAUAGGUGCACUGGCCUCUGGGUCCCCAAAGCCACUGGAGGCAGCAGACCGAGGCUUCUCACACCUGAUGUUAUCUCUAAUAUAGUGCGGUACAAACGCAGCAGUCCAACACUAUUCGCAUGGGAGAUUCGCAAGAAGCUCUCGGCAGAGCAAGUGUGUAAAGCUGACAAAGUUCCCAGUGUUUCUUCAAUUAAUCGCAUACUCAAGAAGAUUCAACAUGACGGGAACAUGACUGGAAUGGAAAAACACACACAAGAUGAUACACUUUGUAAUCAAAUAAAUAAGGAGAGGCAGAAUUUGUUUACCCAGGAAAAAAUGAAUCAACAGCCAACAGACAGCAACCCGCAGGACACAUCACAGGUGUGGUGUUCAUACAGACAAGCAAUGAUGACACAGGAACUGAACAAAGGGGAGAGUGGUUGGGCAUCACAUGGGUGGGCAGAGCAACAUUCUUUUGGAAGCAGAACAUCUCCCAUCUCUCUGUCAGCAAAGUGGCAAACUGAGAGAGUGGCACUGCCAGCAUUCAGUCAUUUGGACAGCAGAACCUUAUUUGUUCCUCAGAAAAGAGCGUCUAUUCCAUUGGCUCAAAACACAGGAUAUCACAAUGUCUCAACUGCUCAAUGUGGCUCUAAUACUGGAGCAAGCUUCCCACUGACCCAUCACAGAGAGAAAGAUGAAGACACAUCAUUUUAUUUCACACAACGGAUUCCUCAUCCUUUAUUGACUGGACAAUAUGUUUGAUUGUAAAGUUUUUUAGAGAGCUUCUUUGACGUAACAGACUCGCAGAAUGUACAAGUACUCUUUUGUAACAGUAGAGGGCACCAAAGCAAAUAAAU